UAUGUGGAUGAUUGGGUGUUGAGUCUGCAUAGGAUGCACUGUUGUCAGGGAGAAGUGCAAGUCACCUUCACGCGGUUGGCCCACAAGCCCAUAUCUAACGCAGACGAUCACACAACUACACCAACCACUGACGGCGGUCCCGAAUCACGGUCCAUUAUGUCUGACCACUAAAUCAACGGUCCAGCCGGGAAGACAUAGAGCGCAUACCGCUGUUUAUCGGCAUCGUCGCGGCGUGAAUGAGAAUUUGCAGAACCGCCGAGUUGGAUGACAAAGCCGAUGAUGGGUUUAUCGCUCCGCUAAAUAGAUUUAAUGCGCCUGUGAAUGCAUUAACCCCGUGGCUGGCGGGCGAGCGGGCGGGCGCGGAACAGGAGAUCUCGGCGUGUGCUGUGGGGACGGGACCGGAGCGGAUCGCCUGUGCGGUUUUGCUGAAGGCUCCGCAGCGCAGCCAUGGCUCUGGUGACUCUGCAGCGCUCCCCGACACCCAGCGCCGCAUCCUCAGCCAGCACCACCGCGGGGGAGGAUGUCGGCAGUGAGGAUGAUCGAAAGGCAAACCUAAGCCUGAGUGAAAGUUUCUUCAUGGUAAAAGGGGCAGCUCUGUUUUUACAACAAGGCAGCAGUGCACAAGAGCCCAGAACACCCACACAUCAUAAAAACGCAGGGGAUCUUCCACAGCAUCUACAAGUAAUGAUAAACACCCUCCGCUCUGAGGAUAGAAUUAAAUUAGUUGUUAGGUUAGAAAGUGGAUGGACGGACCAUGUGCGGUACAUGGUGGUCGUCUACACAAACGGCCGUCAAGACACUGAAGAAAACAUUCUACUUGGGAUGGACUUCACAGAUAAGGAUAGUAAAAGUUGCUCCAUUGGGAUGGCUCUUCCGAUUUGGAGUGAUACCAAGAUUCAUCUGGAUGGAGAUGGGGGUUUCAGCGUGAGCACAGCAGGAAGACUACACAUUUUUAAGCCGGUGUCAGUGCAGGCCAUGUGGUCUGCGCUGCAGGUGUUGCACAAAGCAUGCGAGGUGUCCCGCAGGUACAACUAUUUCCCAGGAGGAAUGGCACUGACGUGGGUGGGCUAUUACGAGAGCUGUAUCUCCUCAGAGCAGAGCUGCAUCAAUGAGUGGAAUGCAAUGACAGAUCUGGAAACGACCCGGCCUGAUUCUCCAGUCAUGUUUUCUGAUCAGCCAACAGAGAGAGAAAGAACAGAGUGUAUGAUCAAAACCAAACUCCGAAACAUAAUGAUGUUCCAGGACCUGGAGAAUAUUACUUCUAAGGAGAUCCGAAAUGAGCUGGAACAACAUAUGAGCUGCAACCUGAGGGAGUAUAAAGAGUUUAUUGACAAUGAGAUGCUGCUUAUCCUGGGCCAGAUGGACAAGGCUACGCUCAUAUUUGACCAUCUGUACCUGGGCUCAGAGUGGAAUGCAUCCAACUUGGAGGAGCUUCAAGACUCUGGGGUUGGGUAUAUCCUCAAUGUCACAAGAGAAAUUGACAACUUUUUCCCAGGUACCUUUUGUUAUUGUAAUGUCCGUGUUUAUGAUGAUGAGACUACUGAUCUGCUGGCGCACUGGAACGAAACCUACAACUUCAUAGUUAGAGCCAAGAAAAACGACUCUAAAUGCCUAGUACACUGCAAGAUGGGAGUGAGUCGCUCAGCAUCUACUGUCAUUGCAUAUGCUAUGAAGGAGUAUGGAUGGUCACUUGAGAAGGCAUGCAAUUUUGUCAAACAGAAGAGGAAUAUAGCACAACCAAAUCCAGCUUUUAUGAAACAGCUGGCCGAGUACGAGGGGAUUUUAGAUGCCAGCAAGCAAAGACACAACAAACUCUGGAAACCAGACGGGGAUGAGUGUUCACCAGAAGGUCUCCAGGCUUCCGCUGCCAGUGGUGAUCAGACUCCUCAGUUUUCGUUGCUGCACCCUGAUCAGGAGGAGAGGGUUUGGGGCCACGGAGGAGCAAGUGCUUCCCCUUGCUGUGGAGAAGAGCCCACAGACCAUCUCAAUUACAACUACUACUUCCGGCGUCUCUCAGACACCGCUCUGGACAGUGAACCCUCCACGCCGGUCCGGGGUCCUCCACUUUUAGGCAUGGAGCGAGUCUUUAUCGAGAUUGAAGACGUGGAGAGGGACGCGUUGCUGGAUGAUGAAGGUUUCCCCAUGGCUCACUUGGGCCUUCCUGGGGAGGGCACAGCAGCUCAGACCUGUGGCCGAUUGGAGCCUUUGGAGGACAUGCGCUUGCGGCUGGAGUUUAGCACGGUGGAGGAGGAGGAUGAGGAGGAAGCACAAAAGGAGGAGGCGGAGAUGGCGGCCUUAGCUCGCGGUGAGGAGACGCCGAGGGAAGACGAGAGCCUGGCUAACUCGAACCGCUUUAACAACGAGAACGCCAACAACAGCAACAGGCUGGCUGGGAAGCGCAGCUGCCCUUCUGGCUUUGACGACAGUGCUAGCAUUGGAAACCCCUUCAAAGUGAAGCCCUCAUAUCAGUCGUGCCGAGACUGCCUGCGCCUACCCAGUGGCCGCCGCUGCGAACGUCGCAACCAUCGCCUUAACCUGCCACGCCACACAGGCCUGCCCAGUAUCUCCAUCCAGGCCCCUGGAGGACUCAAAUUCAGUCCCCUCUCCAUCAACAAGGUGCCUCCUCCUGCCCCUCUGCAUCACAUGAGCAGCGGGCACUGCCAAUGCAUUCGCUGCUCCAGGUGGGUCAGCUUGGACACUUACCGGAAGCAGCGGAGCUGCAAAGACCUUCCUCAGGUUUUGCCUUAUUCCUUGGAGACUGAGGACAAAAUGGAGGGGGAGGACGAGGGGAGCAAGGGGAGCUCCAGCAGUCCUACAGCAGAGCUCACUCUCCUGAAGCUCAGCCUGGGUGGUGAGAGGCCUGCGGUGGAGCUCAGUCAGGGGCCACAUCUAGAGGCACAGCACAGACCAGAGCAACUGUCCGAACAGAUGGAUGUGAGCGUAGAGGACAGUACCACAGAGGACAUGGAGGUUGAUGAGGGGAACGUCGUCCCCUACGUGCACCCUGACUUCAGUGAAAUCCAGCAAACGCCUCUAUCAGGCUUGUCCCUGGUGCGCAGCUCAAGCAGUGACAGUCUUCAGAGAGUUCGCAGAGUUCAACCGGGCUUGGUACGCCAGCGCACCCGAGAGAUUGAGACCCGUGUGCGGCUCGCCGGACUGACGGUGUCCUCCCAACUCAAAAGGUCUAAUUCGCUGGCCAAGCUUGGGGAUUUGGCCAUCUCCACAGAGGACCUCUCACUUUCUGCCACCGUCUCCACUGACUAUGAUGAGCAAGAACCUGCUCUGUGUGUGCAGUCCUCCUGCUCUCCAAAGCUCUCUUUAACUCUGAAAAGCUGACUCAAAGAUGUCAGAAAUGCUUUCUCAGUGAGUCCUACAGCCAUCGAGAGCGACUGUGGAGGCUGAUGCUGCAAGUCACCUCAUGAGAACAAUCAGGCCAGGCUUGGACGUCCUUCCAGCAGCCCUUUACAUAACUGCACUGCAUUCUUCAUGUGUCUGUCCGUGCUUUAACUAACAUAUAUAUUAAAGCAUGCUCUGGCUUGGACCUUCAUUAAUGGCUUUGUUGAUAGAUACCGCUUUUCUUUGUCUUGCUGAAGGAAGCCCCACCUGUUAAGGUUUUAAUAUGAGUGCGGCCCAUUUAUAGGUUGUAUAAUCAGACCUAGUUAAAUUAGUAAUGAUUUUCUGCCAUCUUUUUUCAACAAUGGCUAAAUUACUUGCCAUUUAAAACACAUUUUUGUGCCAUUUGGUUUGUAUUUUUAUUAGCACAAUCACUAAUGACAUUUUGCCUGCCAAAUAGUUUACUAGCUAAUUUGGUGCACUAUUGCAAUUGAACCAAUCAUGCAGAUCAGAUCUGAUAACUCGAUGGGGGAAAAAAAGAGUCAUUUUAGAUUAUUAUUAUGAUUCAAAUAAAUCAGUAGGUUUUGCAGAAUAACUGCUUGCAAUUUUAUUACUAAUUAUUAGUUAAUCGCAUAAAAACCGAACCAGAUUUAGAUUCUGACAUGUGCCCAUUUCAGCGGUGGCUUAAUUAAAAUGUAUACAAAAAAGGCCAAAACUUUGAGCUUUAUACACACAUAAAACUAUAAAUUAGCUCCCGUUAAAAUGAAACCCCCUAGUCAUGAAAAUUUCAGUACAUUUUUCAUUCGGUUUUGCCUUUGGGACCUUUAAAAGUAAAUUUUCAGUAAAUUGUCGCACCACAAAAAGUAAUUUAACAUGGAAGUUUAGUCUGAAAGUCAUGAUUAUGUUUACUGUGUUAUUCCACCUUGAUAGUUACUAAAUCCUUAAAUGUUGCCAUUUGCAAAAAUGACAUCAACAAAGCCCCAAAAUUAUUGUCUAUUUCCAGAGAAAAAUUGCGACAUGAAUGUGGUUGGCUAUUUGUCUUGCAGUUCUCUAAUUUGCUUCUCAGCCGGUGUUUAUAGGGUCAGUUCCAUCUGAAAUGUGCUAAUAGAGCAUAGCUCCUGUCAUGUAAUUUAGCUUAAGCUGUUUAUUGUACAAAUUGUAGCCUGUGAUGUGCAAAAAGGCUUUAGCAGCAACACAUUAGUACAAUGCAGUCUUCAAGUUGAUCAGAAGAUGUUCAAAUUAGUCACUAUUGUCCUUUAAAAGGUCCUUUUAAAACGUCUCCUAUACGAAAUGACAUCUUGGCAUCUGAUAAUGACAGUUUAGGUAAUAAAAGUUGGAGAAGUGUGUUAUCUUGUGGGUGUAGGGACUUGCUCAGUUUACCAUGAUGGUGUAUGAUAUGUAUAAAAGAAGUUGCAGAUGACUUGUAUUGGUUAAACUUGACCUUAAUUAUUUUUUCAUAUAUUUAUGUAAUUGAAUAAUUAAUGUUAUUUGUCUUUGUUGUCUAUUAUGUUUUUCCUUUGUUGGUAAAAAUGAAAAUAUGCAAAGUGGCCUGUGCAAUAAGUGUACGCAAGAAUUUGAAGAGAAUAGUUUUUAUUUAUACAAUAAUGUCAAAAGUAACUAGUUUUAUUUCAAGAAUGAAAGCGAAAGUCAGUGAGAAAAUGAAAGAAUGAAAAUCAGAUAUGAGCUAGAUUUGAGUGAAAAUGUUUUAUUUUCUAUCUGAUCCUCAUGGGCUGAGUCACUUCUGUAUUAAAGGAUUGAUAUUCUGAUGUUUAGUUUUAAACCUACUUAAUUUGUUUUUCAAAUCGUCAGUUAUUUGGAACUUAAAAUUAGCAUUUUAUUUAUUUAUAUAUUUAUUUAUUUAUUAAUUUUGCCCUUAUAUUUCCAAAAAUACAUCCAAAAAUACAUAUAAUGUGGUCAUAAAAGUAUUUGCCAAAAGGAUCACUCCCAAAGAGAGUAAAGUUGUUGUUUUGUUUUCGCUCAUGGCUCGUCAUACUUCCUCCUGCUGCUGAUUUCAGUACUAGAUGUUUUGUUUCUUCAGACAUGCAAGUGCCUUACCUGUUGCCAUUUGCAAUCAGUUGUCUAAGGGUUGUUCGGUAAAACCGCUUUUUCAUUUCGCUGAGGUUUUGUCUUCACCUGGUUGCGGUCUUUAUAGAGCAAAGUUUAUUUUAAACAGAUGCAUAUUCGUGGCUUAUUCAAGACUGUUUGUCUUUUUGGUUUUGAUAUUGCAUUUCAUAUUUGAAUCGAGGAGACCAAAGUCAUUUAAUUACUGUCAUGUUGACAUGUUACUAUAGGCUAACAAUAAAAUCAACUGGAGAAACUAGAGGAUUGCCUUUAGCCCUAACCUAACAGCUCUUAAAAGUGACUUGGAACAUACACCGUCUGUAUAUUGUACUUCAUUUGACCAUUUUAAGUUGUGCUGCACUGUUUUAUAAUGUACUGUACAGUUAAUUAUAGAAAUAAAUUGAUUAUUGUCUGCAUCAGAUAUGGACCGCUUUUUCAUUCAUUU